AUGAUCCUCUGCAUCUAUUUGGCACAUUGGAAAGUUUAUGAGAAGCGUUUGGAUCGCGCCACCGCAUCACUGCCCGUUCCACCUUGCUUGCCUGUAUUAGGAAAUGCUAUGAUAUUUUUGGGAGACUGUGAAAAAGUUGUUAAGAAUCUUGAAGAUAUAGCAGAAAUUAGUUAUAAAAACAAGGGAGCCGUGAAAUUAUGGCUUGGUCCGAAGUUAUACGUGGUUAUAAGCAACGCAGAAGAUGCAAAAACUGUUUUGGAAAAUUGCUUAGAUAAAGACAGAGUAUAUCGUUUUCUGAGACCGUGGCUCGGACGUGGUCUUUUUAUAGCGCCAUGUGGUAAGCUUCGCGUUGUCCUGGAUAUGUUAUUUGACCGCGAGAUACAGUUCACGAACGAUCAACUCCGGGAGCACCUUGAUUCCAUUACCAUUGCCGGAAACGACACCACGGCGCUCGUCAUUGCAUAUACUUUAGUCCUGCUUGGUAUGCACCAGAACGUGCAGAAUAAAGUAUUUAAAGAGUAA